CUUAAAGUAAAAUUAAUGCGCAAUACCUUGAUAAAUGACAAAAAACUUUGAAUCUGCCGGAGAUUUUUAGUGGCCUCAUCAAUUAGGAAUCCAUUUAAAAAAAUCACAUAAGAAAAUUUUAUUGUGCAACAAUCAAUGAGUUGGAUCUGUACUACAUGGGUAUUCAUGAGAUAGUCGCGUAAACCUAGAAUCCAAGAUUUCUUAAGUCAACUGACCGGUCAAGUGAUAAAACUAAAAUAGAAGUGGGUGUACUGUGCGAGUAGAAAGGGCAAAGGUAUACCUUUUGGCUUAAAAAAUAAGAGGUUGCCAUUGAAAAUGUUGUGGUUGAGUGAAGAUGUUGUUGAAUUUCUUCGCGGAGGUGCUUUGCUUAUGGCCUUCUUGGUUGUCCUAUCUCCCCUUCAAGCCCGAGCCACAUCUGAGUUCAACGUUCACAGGCUUCAACAAUUUCAAUUACAUUCUAAUUCGUUUGGUUCUCUUGGAAGUUUGGUGAAUGUCGAGGCAGGAACUCUAAGUGAUGGUCCUAUGCUGCGGCAAUGCAUCUUGGCAAAGCUGGUGGACGUCACCCCUGAGGUGUACAGACUUGUGUCAAGUCAAGGAGCUGCUGCAAUGGUCAUCAUCCUGCCCAGCAACAUGACUGCUCUUUCAGCUCCUGUAAAGAUGCUUGUGAGACAGUUGGAGGAAGCCAUGCUGAGCACUGAAGUGCCAAUGGCCGUCUAUCUGGCUCAAGAGACACCUGAGUUAGCUGCCAUUUACCAAAGUGUCAAGGACAAGACUUCUUCUGGUGCCUCCUCAGCUGCUGCCAAUUUUCUCAGCAGCCUGGCAUCUGAUGGCUACCAAAUGGUGGUGUCAGGCGCUCAGUCCAAGCCAAUGCUUGACGUUGCUGUUGCCAAUGUCCAGGGACAACUGAAUGGCUUUGGUGCUGAAGAAAAGCUGCCUUCCAUAGCAAUUGUGGCUCAUUAUGAUGCAUUUGGUGCCGCACCUGAAUUAUCAUUUGGUGCUGACAGCAAUGGUUCUGGAGUGGCAGCCCUGUUAGAAAUUGCAAGACUUUUGUCGCGACUGUACAAGUCUCCCCACACGCACCCUCAUGCCAACCUCUUCUUCCUCUUGCCUGGAGGAGGCUUCCUCAACUAUCAGGGCACGAAGCGAUUCCUGGACGACAUGGAAGGAGGCGACACAAAUAUUCUGGGUGAAGGACGCCCCACUUUUGUGCUGUGCCUCGACGCCCUGGCUGCCACCAACAGCCUGCAGCUCCACGUGUCACGUCCUCCGAAGAACGGCACACUCAUGCAUGCCUUCUAUCAGAGGCUGCUCGAGGCAGGUCAGGAGCUGGGUGUGGAGGUGGGACUCGUGCACCGCAAGAUAGACUUGGCAGAUGCGAGGCAGCCGUGGCAGCAUCACCUCUACAGCAUCAAGAAGCUGUCUGCCGCAACGCUCUCCGCUCUCACUAGCGGGGAUGGAGAUGAGCGCGGCAGUAUCACGGACACCCUGUCUGCACUGAACACCACACGUCUGGUGCUGCACACCAGCGUACUGCACACUGCCUUGCUGCGCACCAUAUACAACGGUGCUGCUGGAGCUGUGCACCACAUGCUGCAUGAUCUGCCUCCUGCACUCAACGUAAACAGCAACAGCCUGUCGUAUUGGCUGUCGUUGCUGACGUCUCAGGCGCGCUCCACACAACUGCUGCAGCCGGCGAAGUCUCAUCCUCUUGUGCGAGCUCUGCAUGAAGCUUUGCUCAGGUUCACAGUGGACGUGAAGCUGUCCGUGUUCAAGCCUGACAAGCGUGACCCAGACUUUGGGUUCCACGAUAACACCGGCGGCGUCAUGGUUGCGUACUCCAUCAAGCCUGCCUCUUUUGACUUGCUCCUGUCACUCAUCAUUGCCGGCUAUCUCGGUGUGGUUUAUCUUCUGCUCCAGCAAAUGCCAUUGAUCCAGAACCUUGUCAUCCAGUCAAGUUCCAUCCGCGUUUCCAAUGGCAAAGUGAAGAGCAAGUACCAUUAAGUCUACCAGUGCCACCGACUGCUGCCAGGGCUGAAAAUGUCAACCGAGAAUGGACAGCGUCUCGUAUUUAAAUCUUGAAUUUUACUAAUUACUCUUAAGUUUUGUCACAGUCCUGCAGUUCUAAAUAUGAAAAAUUCAAACAAUGGUAGCAGUAGUUGUUUGGACUAAUCUCGUUGGUUAUAGAAAAAAUAAUUUUUUGUUGAAUGUAUGUACAUAUAUUAAGGCGAUU